GUCAUUAUUUGACWCGUAUAUUAUUGUCUCGCAGUUUCAAAGCAAUGUUUUGGCGUUCUGUUUUUGAUGCAAAAUGGAUAAGACGCGCAGCUUUCUCCCUUUCUGCUCUCAAGUUUCCGUUACCCGGUUCUAGUCAGUGUAACGUUGCAGCAGCGUUACCGUGCGCCCGGUAUCCUGCCGCCUGUUGCGCUGCUGGGCAGAUGGCAGCACGAAGUAAUCUUCUUAAUACCGCGCGCCGCGUGUUGUGAAUGAGAGACGUAAGAGGGAGACAAAAAAAGAGCAGCUUCAACAAGUUCAGUUGUGCUGUCAUUCACUUCCUCCCCCCCACCUGUCAACACCGGGCGAAGUAAUUUUACUCAUGUUUUGAAAGGACUACUUUUUGGGGAGCGGUAUCUGUUAGCGGUGGCGGACAGGUGUGCGGGACAACCUGUUGGGGGCUUUCUGUCUUUGACUCACGCCAGAACAAGUUGAAUGYCUGUCGACGCCGCACUUGUGAUGGGGAGAAACGUUUGUGYRGAGUGUCCACAACAGAUAGUGAAAUCCUACCUAUCAUGUGAAGGCUUUGGUUGCGGUUUUCCUGGGUGUGCGGGUGUGGGGGUGAGGGACAGAGACCGUGUAACAGAGGACUAAUCUUGGUAGCUUCACCCUAGGGGCACUGGCCUCUAAAAAUGCCCCUGUAACCCUGGAAUCAUGGAACCAUGACAGUCAUCACUUAUUCAAACGGUGUGGGGAGACUUCAGAACAAAAUUUUGGUUCUUGAACAUCCCUUGGCCUGUGAGAAGGUUCCAGAACCUGCGUCUGAGAUUCUAGAACCUGGAACCACGGUGGACUUCUUAAAGAUUCAAGAAUGCUAUGGGGUCAAACACAUAAAGAGGACUGAGGAGAAGAAUGAUAUYRGAGAGAAAAGCAUUCGAAGAAAGUUCCAAACGAUGGCCAGAGGAAUAAACAGUGAUGGAAAAGAACAUAGAAAAGAUGUAAAAGGACGUCUGAAGUUUGUUAAAGGAGAAGACAAGAGUGAAACAGACCUCAUGGGUGUGUGUUCAUGUAGAGAAAAGAGUGCAAUCCUGCACAGAGAGAAAAGGAUCUAUGCCAAGCAGAUCUGGCUUAUUUUUUCAUUAUCUCAUCAAARCAUCAAUGAAGAAAAAAUUAGGAUGAAUUUCCUCGGACUGAGGUGGCAUAAAGUGUUGCCCUUUUUGACACUUCUUUUCCUGAGCUUCUAUCCUAAACCUGCUUCAUCACAGGGGCAUUUCCCACGAAUGGAGAAUAUUGCAGCUUUCAAGCCUGUGUCGACCUCGCCGCCUCGGUCCACCUGUGGCGUUCCAGAGCAGAGAAGCUACUGUCAGUCACCUUCCUCACAGGAUGAAUUGCAUUUGUGUUUUCAAGCCAUGUGUGUCCAGGAGUGCCCCUAUAGAUCCUCCACACCACCUUAUGCCCCACUACUGUUAGCCGCACACAGGGGAACCUGUGUAACCGAAGACAUUGUUGACACUCGUCGUGGGACUCARACAGAGGCUGGAAGCACAACAAGUUCGGAUGGACUUUCUGUUGGACCUGCCAGUGUACUGUUUCAGCCCAGCGAAGAUGGAUGUCUGGUCACUCCUCCUUCACAGGCAGUAGGACCACGUGGUUCCCUCACYUUGGCAGUGUGGUUAAAACCAAGCUCCACUGGAGAAAUGAUGCUACUGGAGAAGAGCUCAGACAAUCGCUUGGUUUUUUCUUUGACCGUGUCAGAGCGGGCUGUAGCCCUUCGAUACAGUCGGACUGAUGGCCUAACCUCACAUGCCGUGAGCUUCAGAACAGAAGGCCGGCUACAGCUGAACAGGUGGACACAUCUUACUUUGCAGAUCUAUGACCAACGUGCAAGUCUUUUCUUGGAUGGACUUGAGGACGACGACACACCAUUUGACACAGAACAUCUGAUGAACACGCUCUCUGACAUCAGCGACUAUGGUGCCAUGUGGGUGGGAGUUAGCUCCAACGGGUCUAAUCAGUUCAUUGGGCAGAUGCAGGAUUUUAGAUUUUAUCCCGCUACGUUGACCAACAGGGAAAUAGUCCAGUUGCACUCUGGAGUCCUGCCGAAGCUCCAUGUCCAGUCUGAGUGUCGCUGCCCUCCCAGCCACCCCAGAGUUCACCCAUUAGUUGAGAGGUACUGUAUCCCUAACGCUGUUGAGGACACGACUAAUGAUAGGGUUCUGAGGCUGAACCUCAACGCUCAUCCACUUAGUUACGUUAAUGACCAGGACAUGGGAACCACAUGGCUAUCUAAGGUCAUGAGUUUACAAGAACUGGAUGAAGGAGUCACUAUUACAGUGGAUUUGGCAAAUGGACAAUACCAGGAUUUUAGAAACUGUCCUCAUGUGGCCAUUCAACUCAAGUCCCAACAUGAAAGACACUCUCUGAAGUCAGGGGUAUUUGAGUUUUGUAUGGGAGUAGGUUAUAGCAGCCUUGGUGGCUUAAUGCACUCCCUGCUGCGUAACCCAGAGUCCUGUGAUGUGCCACUCGUAGGAGGUAACAUCACCUUCAGUCUGCUGACCACACAGCCACAUUUGAGACCAGGAUAUAAUGACUUCUACAAAACUCCUGCCCUGCAAGAAGUGGUACAAGCUGCACAGGUCAGAAUACAUAUGAAAGGACAAUACUACACCGCAGCAGUCGGAGUCAACCAACGACACAGACACUUUGCCAUCAGUGAAAUCACAAUCAGUGGCAGAUGUGAAUGUCAUGGCCAUGCAGACCAGUGUGACACCAAUGUGACCCCAUACCGCUGUCUGUGUCUACCUGAGAGCCACACAGUCGGAAGCAGUUGUGAACAUUGUGCACCACUCUACAACGACAAACCCUUCAGGUCAGGUGAUCAGCUCCAGCCUAUGAACUGCCGACUCUGUCAGUGUUAUGGCCACGCCGUCUCUUGUCAUUAUGACGCCCUGGCUGAUGAGCAUCCGGACGAGCACUAUCGAGGCGGAGGGGGAGUUUGUGACCACUGCAUGCACAACACCUCAGGAAAGAACUGUGAGCGCUGUGUAGGUGGAUUCUUCAGGCUGCAGGACUCUGAUCCAACCUCCGCUCAUGUGUGCCAGUCCUGCGACUGCGAUGCUGCCGGAACCAUCGAAGGUGACACUGAGUGUGCCCAGAUUGGAGGACAGUGUAACUGCAAGGCUGCAGUAACAGGCCGUCAGUGCUCUCACUGUUUGCCUGGUUGGUUUGGUCUCAAUGCCACAAAUCCAACCGGCUGCACAUCCUGCAACUGUAGUGACCAAGGCACCAUGACCACCUCAACAGGAGCAGUUUCCAUCUGCAACCAGCACACAGGGCAGUGUCUGUGUAAACCCCAUGUCACAGGUCUGUCAUGUGACCGCUGUGAGUUUGGAUACUGGAACCUUUCCCACCCAGAUGGCUGCAUCCCAUGUGACUGUGACCCCUUGGGUUCCCUCAGUUCGUUUUGUGAGCCCAGUGGGGGGCAGUGCGAGUGUAAGCCUGGGGUGGGAGGCCAACGAUGUGACUCAUGCGGCCGGGGCCUGUAUGGCUUACGACUGGAGGGAUCCUGCGCCCCCUGCAACUGCUCACGUAACGGGACGGUGCCUGGGAGGAACUGUGAUCCGCACACGGGCCAGUGUGUGUGUAAGGAACAUGUAGAGGGCCAUCAUUGUGAUUCAUGCCGUCAUGGUUACCACACCCUGGAGCAGCGCAACAGCCUGGGCUGCCUGCCGUGUGUGUGUGACAGUCGUGGAACCGUGCCAGAGGGUGUGUGUGAUAGGAGGACCGGACAAUGCCCCUGCAAGGAAGGAGUAGAGGGUGCCCACUGUACCAGCUGCGUCCAAAACUACUAUAACAGAAGUUUAGACCUUGAGAAAGGUUUGUCUCAGGGCUGUGUGCCAUGUAUCUGUGACCCCAGGGGAACAGUGACAGGGUCAACCUGUGACAGCGCCACGGGGCAAUGUGUGUGUAUCCCAUCACGACAUGGAAAGGACUGCAGUAGCUGCCGACCUGGUUUCUACCUCGCUCCAGAUCACGGUGUGUGUUUGGAGUGUGACUGCCAUCCUAUGGGAGCAAUGCAGCUUAGUUGUGAGAGCCAGAAUGGACAGUGUGUCUGCGCUCAUCGCUCAGUGGGAGGAAGACGCUGUGACCAAUGUCGUGAGAUGUUCUUUGGGUUUAAUCCUGGUCUGGGAAGAUGCCAGCCUUGUACAUGUGAUCCAGAGGGCAGUGUCAAUAGUUCAUGUGAUCCAGACACAGGAGUGUGUGUGUGUAAGCUGCUGGUAACUGGAGACAAGUGUGAUUCUUGCCAGCCUGGAGCAAGUCAUUUUGAUCCUGAGAACCCUUUUGGAUGCAGCAAAUCUCCUUCACAGCAGCCUGCACCAAUUGGCUCAGUUCUUAGUUACUCAUCAAUCCAUCUUUCCUGGCAUCCACCUGAUUCCCCAAAUUCACAUAGACUCAACUACACCCUCAUGAGGGAUGGACAGUCACUUCAUACCAUCCAGAGUCAUUUUCCUUUCAGCCUUGAAUCCUUUGUGGACGUUGGUUUGUUACCCUUUACCAACUACUCCUAUUGGCUCAUAACAGCGAAUGUAGCUGGUGAGACGACAAGUGCUUCAGCCUCGUACCAGACUUUAGGGGCUGCACCUUCUGGAGAAGAGCUUCAUUUAAACCUCCUUGGACGACCAGGCCCAACCAGUGCAAGCUUUAACUGGAGCAUACCAAGAAAUGAUACAGGCCCAGUCGAAAGGUUUGUGCUAUCAUCAGUGGAGUCAUCUGAUAAAGCAGAGCCGGUUAUUCACUACAUAGGUUUAUCUACAGAGGCUGUAGCAAGAAAUUUAAAGGCCUUCACACAGUACUCUGCAACACUGGAGGCCUGCUCUUCUGGGGGCUGCACCUCUAGCCCUCCACUGUAUUUUCUGACAGCCACUGCACCACCACAAAACCAGUCUGCUCCCAGCAUCACUGCUACUGGACCUCAUACACUGCAUGCUUCUUGGGCUCCUCCAAGUCAGCCCAAUGGUAUUAUCACCAAGUAUGAGCUCUUUCUCCGUGGACCCCUGGAGUCAAAGAACGUCUCAGCAUUUACCUCCGAGACAAGAGUUUUCUCCAGCUCUGGUUGGCUGGAUCCAAGCGUCCUCCCAGAACAAAAUCCAACCAAAAAGACUAUGUUGCCCCCUCCUGAAAGUAGUACCAUUAUAGAGGGUCUGCAGGCAUUUUCAGCCUAUCAACUAAGAGUUGUAAGCAUCAACAGUGCUGGAAAUGUCACAUCAAAAUGGACCACAGCACACACCUUGGAGGGAGCCCCAGAGUUUGUGGCUCCUCCAGAUGUGUCUGCACUGUCAUCCUCUACCCUCAGGGUAACGUGGAAUACUACUGAGGGCUACGGCAUCAUUGCUAGGGGACGAGUCACAGAGUACAGAGUCAGCUUAGUAACUGAGCAAACCACCAACCCCUAUGCUCCUCCAGUCGUAAGUCAGGUUUUGCAUAGGAUGGAAGCAUCAUCACGGCCUGUUCACAUAUUAGAAGGACUGAAGCCGUACCACACUUACAACUUCACAGUCACACUGUGCGCAAGAAUGGGCUGCAUAACGAGUCUGCCAAGCACGGGGCGGACCUUACCAGCAGUUCCUACAGGAUUGUCUUCACCUCGACUACAUCCUGUAAAUGAAACCACCAUUCAGAUAGACUGGGAUCCUCCAGUUCAACUUAAUGGUCCAAGCCCACUUUAUCAGGUGGAGAGAACAGACGUGUCGCUCUCUGACCCACUAGAACCAGUUAUCAGAGGAACUAGAUUUCCAGGRAAUGGUUAUUACCAGUUUCCCAGUAAUACUCUUCCCACCAACGCUGACUUUACAGGUGUUAAGCUGAGUUUCAGGACUUGGUCCCCAGACGGCCUCCUGCUGUCUGCCUUCUCUCCAGGACAUCAGGAGGAAUUUCUGGCCAUCCAGAUCAAAAACGGACGCCCAUACUUUUUGUUUGAUCCUCAGGGUUCAGCAGUGGCUGUAGGUGUACACGGUGACGGGAAUCGCCGCUACAAUGAUGGCCAGUGGCACAAUAUAGUAGCAACUAGGCAAAGGGCUGUGGGAACAAUCACUAUAAACCACCAAUAUAGCGGAAGUGCAUCAGCUUCCAGUGGGAACAGCAUCAUUGGGGAAAACAUGGGACUGUUCAUUGGAGGUCUGCCCAAAGAUUUUGCUAUUCUAAGAAAUGAUUCAGGGGAUACCCGACUGGUUCGGAGGGGCUUCUCUGGCUGCCUCAGAGACAUAAGUGUAAAGAUGAGUGACAUCCCUGCAGAGGAAUGGGAAAUACUGGAUUGGAAAAAAGCCACCAAGAAGGUGGGAGUGUAUGAAAGCUGGGAAGGAUGUCCUCUUCAAACUGUAAAAGGAGUCCAUUUUCUGGGUGAUGGUUACUUGGAGUUGGACACAGGCAUUUUCAGUGGAGGACAUAACUUUGACAUUUCAAUGGAUUUCAGGACUGACCAGCUCAGUGCACUUUUGCUGUUUGCAUACGGCACACAAACCGAAGAUUACAUGCUUGUAGAACUGGAAGCCGGUCUCUUGUCCUUCAUUCUUGCCUCUGGUGGCCGUGCAACUGAACUCCGCAUGUGGGUCGGACUUAGCUACUGUGAUGGAGACUGGAAACAGUUGUUACUCACAAAACGGGGCUCUCUCAUCUCUGCUGCGGUGGGAGAUUGGGCCGAGGAAAUGUGGGAAGUGGGAGAGCCAGCAAGAUUGAGAGUCAGUUCUCCUCUGUAUUUGGGUGGCGUACCCUUUGAACUCUCACAUCCUGGUCUUAAUGGUCAAAGUCACAAACACGGGCUUGGAGGUUGCAUUCGGGGUCUGACUGUUCGCAGUGAUGAAAGAACCCCUCCUGUCAGUCGAAGUAUUAAUCUCUCGGCUGCUUACCGCCGAUCUGUUAGAGUCAACUUAGACGGCUGUCCUACCACUGAGAGCCGGUUUAACUGCAGAGGAAAUGAUUCUGUGCUUGUGUACACUGGCAGACAGACACAAGCCACAGAUUAUGGUUUGCUGCCUUUCACAGAGUACCUGUACAGGUUUGUUGCCUUGGCUCCAGGAGGUUUGGCAGCAUCACCAUGGCAGAGAGGACGGAGUCAUGGCAAAGUUCCUACAUCUGUACCACCUCCAGCCACAGUGGAGAGUAUCAGCGGCUUCAGUGCCAAUGUGAGGUGGUUACCGCCCACAGGUGACGUCCGAGGGCUUAUCGACAGAUAUGAGCUGAAAGCUUAUAAUAAGGACCAUCCAGAAGUGCCACCUAUCACAGCCACAUACUUGGCUAAUGGAAAUUUCACAGGUGUGAUAACUGGCCUCACUCCAUCAACCCAGUACAUUGUCACUGUAAGUGCGUGCAGUCCUGCUGGAUGCACUGAGAGUCCUGUUGGUAACGGUGACCAUGAUGUAAGAUCAAGCUUCAAAACCCCAGAAGAAGUUCCAGAUGUGGUCUCUCCUCCAUUUGUGGUUGCAUCUCCUUCCGCUUUGUAUUUAACCUGGGAACCUCCAGCAAGGCCAAAUGGAGACAUUACAGAAUACCUCCUCUAUCACAACAGUGAAAUGGUCUACAGAGGGAAAAACAGUCAGCACAACAUCACCGGUCUUGGUGUGUACUCCACUAACUUCUUGGUACUGAGUGCUUGCACUAAAGUUGGCUGUACCAACAGUUCACAAGUUACAGCACUGACCUCUGAGCUUCCUCCUGGUCCCCUGCGUGCUCCAAGCCUUACGCUGCUGGACUCCCGGAGUAUAUUGGUGGAGUGGUCACGUCCCUCGCAAAUAAACGGUGUUUUGAAGUUUUACUCCGUCUUGCUGUCAUCGGAUGGGUCAGAGCCCAUUCUGGCCUACAACAGCUCAGAUCUUGCUGAAGAACACACACUUCGCAGCCUAACUCCAGGAACAUUUUAUUCUGUUAUGGUGGUUGCCUGCACAGGAGGUGGGUGCACCAGAAGCCCCCCGAGCCACGUUCAGACAGAGGAGAGCACCCCAGAGGAUGUUCCUGCUCCGCUCGUCAUCCCUCUGUCCCCACAUUCAUUCAACAUCAGCUGGACUCCUCCUGAGACUCCAAAUGGUGUUAUAACAAGCUAUGGUCUUUGGAUGGAUGGAGUCCUUGUUUUCAACUCCAGUUCCUCUCAGAGGUUCUUCAUAGUGGAAGGACUUUCUCCAUGGAGCCGACAUGUAGUUAGACUGCAGGCCUGCACAGCACWGGGCUGUGGCAAAGGACCACUGGUGGAGUCACAUACAUUGGAGAUGGCUCCAGAAGGCCCUGUGCUGCUGGAGUUGACCAAUCAAAGCUCCAGAUCUCUCAGAGCCCGCUGGACUGCUCCUCCUCGAGCGAAUGGAAACCUCCGCUACUCACUUUACUACAAAAGCAAAGAUGGUCAUGGUGUGUUAGAUGGAGGAUCAGCAGCGGGCAUUUGGUUGUCUGUGUCUGACCUACAGCCUUACACAAACUACAGUUUCUGGAUCAGAGGAUGUAACACACAGGGGUGUGUUGAAAGCCUGCCACUCAUUGUCACUACACCCCCGGCAGCCCCAGAUGGAUUGUCACCUGUGACUUUAGUCAGUGCAACCAACACCAGCCUAAACGUAUCGUGGUCUGCACCUGUCAACUCCAACGCGCCCGGCCCACUCCGGUACAACUUGCACAUGAGAGCGUCUCCACAGAGCUCAAUUAUAAGGCUUUUGGAAAAUUCAACAGACACUCACUCCUAUUAUGUAGAGGGUUUGUCACCUUUCACAAACUACCUGUUCAGAGUGGUGGUUUCACAUAUUCAUGGGCAGACGGCGGGGCCUUGGGCAACGCUACGCACAGCAGAAGACCGUCCAGGCCCCGUAGGUUCACCGGCCAUUAUGGGACUUCAGUCGCGGAGUGCAUUAAUUACCUGGGAUCCUCCUGCACAAACAAAUGGCGUCAUAACAAAUUAUACACUUUAUCUUUACUCAGGUUCCAUCACUUCUUCAGAUCAUGACCCUGAUUCAGUCCCCAGCACCAGAUCGACCUACACCUCAAUUUUUUCCUCUAAGCCAAGUGUCUUGCCCAACUUUGAUGGAACGCGUCAACAUUCAGAUUUCAACUUCCUGACAUUGUCAGAUCCUAGCAGACCUAAAGGCUCGAGCCUCAACUCUUCGUCUUCUGCAGAUUAUGAUAACAAGUUGAGCACAACUAAAAAAAAUACACACAGCGUCAUUUUCUCCACCUCAAGGCCUGGUACUGAUGAAAAUAAUCAAAUGGACUCAUCUGGUGAGAUCACUGAAAGUCAYGACUACAAUGUUGUCCUAUUCAAACCGACUGAGCCCAAAACCAGCAGUGUAGAAACAAACCUCUCACUUUCAGCCCCACAUUCCACUUUGAGCAGCUUCAAUCCUGAUCAUUUCAUCACACAAGACCCAUUCACCUUCUCCAGUUUUUUAGCYGACGCAUCAAGAUCUACUCCUCUGUCUGUCACUGUUCCUGGAAAUACCACCAGUUACACUUUCCUCAAUCUGCAUCCCUACCAAAUGUUCAGCCUCCAGGUGAAAGCAUGCACCAGCGUUGGUUGCUCAGUGUCCGGGGCGUCUCAGUACUUCCAGACCCUCCCAGCUCCAUCUGAAGGAGUUCCUGCACCUCACCUUUACUCUGACACACCAACAUCUGUUCUCUUGUCCUGGGGUGGCCCAGAAAGAAGCAAUGGACCACUAGAACGCUGGGAGAUUGAGCGCAGAGUUGCCGGAACCAAGCAAGCCUCCACAGUAGGCCRCCUUGUGCCAGUUUCUCCCCCUCUUUCGUUCCUCGACUCCUCAUCAGCUCUUAGUCCUUGGACGGCCUACCAGUAUCGACUUGUGCUCCACAAUCAGGCUGGAAAGGCUGCAGGGCCUUGGGUCAGUGUCAAAACCAGACCUUCUCGUCCAGCUGGACUGAGUCCCCCAGGAGUAAAAGUUCUYGGAUCAGAGUCGCUUCAAAUCACAUGGUCGCCUCCUUUGAUUCCUAAUGGAGAGAUUCAUGGAUAUGAAAUCCGUCUCCCGGAACCCCGAGUAUUUCAUAACACCAGCAAUCCCUUGGAGUUCAAUGUCACCGUAACAGACCUCGUGCCUUACACAGAUUACAGCAUCUCUGUGCUGGCAUGUUCAAAUGGUGGAGGGUAUGUUGGUGGAUGCACAGAAAGUCUUCCAACUCCUGCCACCACAUUACCUACGACACCUGAARACCUGGCACCGCUUUCAGUCGUGCCAGUCAGUGAAUCCUUUCUGGCAAUUUCCUGGCAACCACCAAGUCGGCCCAACGGACCAAAUAUCAGAUACAAGUUGCUCAGACGUAAAACCCACCAGCCCCUGGCCGUCGCCAUGGUCCCCACAUUAGCAGCCACUUCCCCGCCCCCCUCCGAAGAUCUCCAUCGCUGGUUCCGUGUUUACUCCGGCACAAAAUUGUUCUAUGAAGAUAAAGGCCUAAGCAGAUUCACCCGUUACCAGUACCAGCUUGUGGUUUAUAAUGACGUGGGCUACUCUUCAGGAAAUAUUGUUGCUGCAGUGACCAUGGCAGGGGUUCCCCUCAAGCCUCCUACUUUGUCUGCUAAUGCUAUCAAUCACACAGCUGUACAAGUCAACUGGAAUAAACCCUCUCUGCAAGACCUGCAGGGAGAGGUGGAAUCAUUUUUUCUCACAGUMRCAUCUUCAGAGACCGGUCCAGUGAUGGCUUACGGUCCUGAUGUCACRUCGACUGUAAUAGGAGACCUUUGGCCCAGCACCACAUACCUGAUAUCACUGCAGGUGUUCAAUGGUGCACACAACACAACUAAAUCAGUGGUUUACGUCACCACUACUGAUGGAGAGCCAGAAGGGAUGUCUGCCCCUGAAGUGGUUCCAGUAAACAGCAGCACCGCACGUGUCCUCUGGUUCCCUCCUCAUCGACCCAACGGAGCAGUUACUGGUUACGGCAUCUACGUUAAUGAUCGCCUUCAUGGCAGUGUAGACAACAGCUCCGGUUCAUACCUUCUGGGGGACCUGCUGCCUUUUACAGUCUACAAUAUACAAGUGGAGGUGUGCACAGUGUAUGCAUGCACUCGCAGUAGUAUUACCAGAACAACCACAGUAGAAGACCUGCCAGCUGAUCUGCCCAGGCCACACGCACAGGUGAUCAGUCCCAGAGUGGUGAGAUUAGAUUGGGCCCAUCCGGGGAGACCCAGUGGGAUCAUGCUGGGCUACGAGGUUUUAAGACGGACCCUUAGAUCAUGCACCGAUAGGUCAACAGGGGUAACGCCGUCCUCUGACAGUGGCGGUGGUUUAAGGUUUAAAUGCUCCUAUCUGCAGUGUCCUGCGGGUCACAGCGUGUGUGGGACUUCCUGCUUUCAUCUUGAAACACAGAUAUGCUGCAAUGGAUUUCUGCACACAAGAAAGCYACAUCACCAUUGCUGUGAUGAGCUGUAUGUUGGCUGGGAUGAUUCCUMCCACCCYGUUUGCUGCAAUGGCAAACUUGUCCCAUCUGAGCCUAAUCAUCAGUGCUGUGGAAGAUACUAUGUUCCUGUAAAAACCAAUGAAUACUGCUGUCCUGACCACUUGCAGGGCCGGGUCUCUGUGGGGCCCGGUGACAGCUGCUGYGGGGGGGUUCCUUAUUCCAUGACAGGCGGCCAGCUUUGCUGCAGUGGGAGACUGCAUGAUGGCUACAGGGUCCAGUGCUGUGGAGGCAAAAUCGUAGAUGAUGUCUUGGUUUGCUGUGAUGAUGCUGUACAUGCAUAUAAACCAGGUUUUAUCUGCUGUGGAAAAGAGUAUAUAAACUCUUCAACCUCACUUUGCUGUGUGGACGACAACGGAUAUCCCACAAUUCACCCUUCUGGAAAUGCCACAGUGAAGCUGCAGUGUUGUGGGUCAAAGGUCAUACAWCUGGACGAAAAAUGCUGCAAUGGGAUUGGUUUUGACCCCCAACGGCACGUUUGUGCUGAUCAAGCCACGGCCGGGCUGCUGAUACCGCCCCAGUGUUUGCAGGGAGUUGUGUGUCCUGUGGCUGCUGCUGCUACAUCUUACUGUGGCUCCUGUGACCUUGAUCCRUCUCUGACUGCCUGCACUUGGGUCCUGACUGCACACACACACCCCGACACACAGUCCGUGACACAACCGCCAUUCAUCAGCACCACGCUGGAAACCCUCUCUACUGUCCUGCCAGUUCAGACAAGCAGAGGUGGAAACCCUAACAAAAUAUCUGACAGAAACAGUCACACAAAUUCCGAGAACUCAGAGUCAGGAGGAACUCUGUGUCCGUCACACGAGGAGGUGGUGUACAGCGGAGAGGCCAGUGUUCUCACAUAUACAGACACUGAUCUGGAGCCUUUUACAACCUAUGAGUAUCGAGUGAGGGGCUGGAACAGCUUCGGCCCGGGCUCCACUGACGUUACGACGGUGACAACACGUGAAGACAAACCGUGGGGACUGGCCCCGCCCCGCUGGAGUCGGCUGGGCGAACGAAACGACAUCGUCCAGAUGCAAUGGCAAGCUCCGGCCAGACCCAACGGCAUUAUAACCCAUUACGUUGUGCUGCGAGAUGGACAAGAGCGUUACCGUGGAGAUGAGAAUACUUUUACUGAUGUGGGAGGKAUCGGGCCUUUUCAGGAGUUUGUCUACCAGCUGAGGGCCUGUAACCAGGCUGGCUGCACCGACAGCACAAAGGUGGUGGCCGURACGGCUCAGGGCGUUCCAGAGGACGUAAAGCCUCCAGCGGUGAAAGCGAUCAGCUCCUCCUCUCUCCAUGUGAGCUGGUCUGUUCCUUCCCGUCCAAAGGGAGUCAUCCAGAGGUACCACCUGAACCAGACAGGUGUCGGAACCAUAUUCACACACACUGGUGGACUUAGAAAUUAUACUGUAACAGGUUUGCAGCCGUACACAGACUACAGCUUUGUGCUGGUGGCCUGUACGACUGUGGGAUGUGCAGCCAGCGAACCGUCCACAGGACGCACCCUGCAAGCCUCGCCCAGUGGUGUGUGGUCAAGCCCCAGACACCUGAUAAUAAACACAUCUGCGGUGGAGCUGUACUGGGAUCCGCCGUCUCAGCCUAACGGACACGUCUUCCGGUACCGGCUGAUCAGAGACGGUCGCACUGUUUUCACCGGAGACCACCAGGACCAGAAAUAUAUCGACACUGGACUCCUGCCAAAACACAGGUACCUGUAUGAGCUGGAGGCCAGCACAGCAGGUGGCACAAGCUUGAGUGACAAAUAUGCUACACAGACUCCGGCGUCCUGCCCCACUGGGAUCCCACCGCCCUACAACCUGACGGUUUCAGGCCCUCACUCCAUAUCACUUACCUGGGCCCCUCCUGCUCAGCUGAACAGCAGCCAGCCCGUCUUCUACAAUGUCCUGUUGAAUCCAGGAAGUCGUGGUGCCACGAGUCGUCAUGCAGGCCAGAACCUGCACCUCACUGUGACAGACCUGGAGCCUUUCACCACAUACUACAUAAGAGUGCAGGCCUGUCAAAACGAGGGGUGUGGAGUUGGAGAUGGUGUUUAUAUCCAUACUUUAGAGGAAAUCCCAGAAGRUCUGCAGCCGCCCACAGUGAAAGCACUUGGACCUAGUAUUUUGGAGAUCCACUGGACACCUCCAGAAAAACCCAACGGACUCAUCACCUCCUACCMUAUAUACAGGCGACCAUUAGGAACAGAAGAGGAGCUGCUGGUUUUCAUCUGGUCCACUGGGCCGCUGGAGUUUGUUGAUGCGAGUCCCGCCCUGCAGCCUUUCAGCUUCUUCCAGUACAAAGUUCGCGCCCACAACUCCAAAGGCUCAGUGGCGAGUCAGUGGGCUCUAGCCCAAACAUUACAGGCGAAACCACAAGAACUGGCGCCCCCUGUUGUCAGACCCACUGGUGCAUAUUCAGUCCACCUGAAAUGGAGGGAGCCAGACCAGCCCAACGGUCCUAUUUCCCAUUACAGACUGGUUUACAUGAAGCACCAGCAGGACCCAACUCUCAACUCAACUAGUGUUACAGCUCUCACUGUGAAGGGUUCAGUGUUGGAGGCAGCAGUCUUUGGUCUUGACCCAUUCAGUCAGUACAGUCUUCGUGUGGAAGCUGUGAAUGGAGCAGGCAGCGUUUCCAGCCCGUGGGUGGAGGUCCAGACCGUGGAAGCUUCGCCGACUGGCCUGGGGAACUUGACAGUGGAGCAGAGAGAGGAGGGCAGAGCGUUGCUGCUCAGCUGGGACGAGCCACAGGCUCCAAAUGGAGUCAUCACGAUGUACAAUCUGUACAGUGAGGAGAACCUGGAGUUCAGCGGGCUUUCGAGGAGUUUCUUGUUCCGUCGUUUGGAGCCUUGGACUGUUUACUCUCUGACUCUUGAAGCCUGUACUGCAGCAGGCUGCACGCUCAGCUCUCCUCAGCACAUCACCACUGCAGCUGCCCCUCCGGCUUCCCAGCUGCCCCCUCGGCCUCUAUCUGUCGGCGCUGAUCAGGUGUCGCUCACCUGGGAUCCUCCGUCACAACCCAAUGGGCCAAUUGGAGAAUAUUCUCUGCUUGGAAGGAGUUUGGAGGAGAGGGGAAAGCUACGAAAUAAUGAAGAGGAUACUGAUGGAGGAAAGGUGCUCUUCACAGGAUUGUCCCCACAGGAAGCUGGGGCUCUCUCCUACACAGUAACUGGGUUACGUCCCUGGACCCAGUACGAGUUCAGUGUCUGCACUCACAACCCAGCGGGACAUGCCUGCAGCCCCUGGGUCACUGUAACAACCAGACAAGCCCCUCCUCGUGGUCUAGCCUCUCCGACAGUGAGGCACGUCCGUGGUCGGCCCAGUGAGGUGGUGGUGUCCUGGACUCCUCCGUUGGAGCCAAACGGGGUUCUGCAGUCCUACAGGAUACAGAGAAAURAURUCAACUUCAAGUUCAGUUUCGAUCCGACUGUCCUGACCUACACAGACGAAGACCUGCACCCAUUUUCAACAUACAGCUAUUCAGUGACAGCCUGCACCUCGGAGGGAUGUACGACCAGCCCCCAGACCAAAAUCACAACCCUAGAGGCCCCACCCGAGACGGUGGAGCGCCCCACCRUAGACACCAUAACCUCUCAUCAUAUAAACGUUUCAUGGAGUAAACCUCUGAUGCAGAACGGACAGGUGACAGAAUAUGUGCUGAAACUGAACAACAAAGAGGCGUAUCGUGGAAGAGACCUCAAUGCAGCACUGUCAUACCUGCAGCCUCAUACGMSCUAUCAGCUGGUUCUGUUGGCAUGUACCAGAGGCGGCUGCACCGCCAGCAGCACAAAAACCGUAGUUACUGAGGAAGCUCCCCCGACUCACCUGGCUGCCCCAACUCUUAAGGUUACUGGCCCAGAGUCAGUUGAGAUCACCUGGAGACCCCCCGAUCGUCCUAAUGGGAUCAUCACUGGUUACGAGCUGCGCAGAGAUGGUGAAGUUAUCUACAUCGGCAGAGACACCCAUUAUCAUGACUUCACUCUCAUGCCAAGUAUGGAGUACAGCUAUGUUGUCAGAGCCAACAAUAGCAAAGGAGCUGUCAGCAGCGAAGUAGCCACAGCAAAGACUCAUCAAUCAGCCCCGUCUGGUGUAGGUUUCCCAGCAUUGACAUCACUGGAGGCAACCCAGGUCGCAGUAGAGUGGCAGACCCCCGCUCGUCCUAACGGAGACAUUGUGAGCUACGCCGUGUAUCUGAGAGAUCCGGUCCAUCUUAACGUCACCAGUUCUGUCUUCACUCCAGAGGACAGCGCCUUUUCUGACAAACGAAUCAUCCUGCCUGGGUUGGGUCCCUACCACAGGUAUGAAGUGAGGRUAGAGGCUUGCACAGAGCUGGGCUGCUCCUYCAGUGACUGGUCCUCCGUACUCACACUGGAGGCUCCCCCUGCUGGCCAGCCGGCGCCACUCUUAGAUCUCACCUCUGACCCCCGUACCGGCCUGCAGACAAGCUUUCUUCUCACCUGGUCUCCCCCGGGUCAGUCAAACGGCAGGAUCCUACAUUACGAGGUGCAUCGCAGGCAGGAUUCCUCGGAAACAGACGAGACGAGUUUAGCAACAGUUGUUUACAGGAAUGUCUCCACAUCAUUCAAAGAUGGCGGACUCCAGCCUUACACAACAUACCAGUACCAGGUGUGGGCUGUAAAUUCAGCUGGUUAUGAUUCCAGUCCAUGGGUCAGUGGGAGAACUGGGCCUGCCCCGCCUCAGGGUGUCGGGUUGCCCAUUUUCCUGGAUGUUUCAGCAACCUCAGCAGUCGUGAACAUCCACCCUCCUGCUCAGCCCAACGGGAUCGUGAGCCUCUUCAGAGUGUUCUCAUUGGACCGCACCAACAUCACAWCUCUGCUCUCAGAAGGCACAUCCCAUCAACAGACACUCCAUGGUUUAAGUCCUCACACUCAGUAUUGGGUGGGAAUUGAGGCUUGCACCUGUUAUCAGAAGCAGAAGUGGAACCUCCUGCUCAACCAACAAGUUUGCAGGAAGUGGUUUCUGGAUGGGCUCCAACCAUACUCUGCCUAUGAACUGAGGGCUGCCUGCUUCAAUAAGAUGGGCAGCACUGCCUCCAACUGGACGGCCGUCAGCACACUCAGCGAACCCCCCCAAUAUGUGUCUCCCUUCUCCGUGGACAGCAACCUGACMGUGAUCUGGCUGGACUGGACGGAGWCCUUUUCCCUCAACGGCUUCCUGAAGGAGUACACCGUGACCGAGAGCCAGCUCAGAGUUUACACCGGCUUCUACAGCCACCUUCAUAUUCCACGCACCUCACGGAAAACAUCAGCCCGAGAGCGCCCUCCGCUGGUCAUGCUUCAGAAGACCAGAAAGGCUGGAGGAGACGCGUACAAGUUUGACACUGUAGCAGACUGUGUUGAGAUCAGCAACGUUAUACUUAAAAGCUACACUAUGUACGCAGAGGGUCUGGCAGACACAAAGAUAGUCGGCAGCAGCUCGCGCUACAGCCCCAUGUCUGUGCUGCGGGCUCCCAGUCAAACUGACCUGACUCAAGCCUACUCCCAGSAUUCCCUGCACCGCAGCGUCAGUCAGCUGAUCAACAGGAAGUCACUGAUGGAGGAGGGAUGCUGGGAUAACCCACUGGGACAUGAUUCUGGACUGUAUGUGGAGGAUGAUGAGUUUGUGGACGCCAUCAAGGCCUUAAGCUCUGUGAAAAAAGAGCACAGCCUGUUCACCGACACCCAUCUGUAGGACAACAGGCCUUAAGAGGCCAGGCUGGUAACACUCACUCUAAGCUGUGUUAGCUGCAGUAGAGUCAGGGACAMAAUGUUUAAAUUUAGAGCUCGCAUAUGGACUAAAGCCUCCAUAUCUGGUAACUUUCUGCAUAGAUGGUCUGUGAAUGUUUAGGUUAGAUUAUGAUUCGCUUUCUAUGCUUGCCAACAGCUUUUAGAAAGUUUAAAUGAGUAAAAUCAAAACAAUCCAGAAGUUCAURUCGAUCACUUCCUCACCUGGUAACUGUGCCUAUUACCAUGUCUGUAAUCAACACCGUUAGGGCUUUAACUUAGACGGACUCACCACCUUCAUGUUAUUGUUGCUAGAGAGAUUUGCCAACUUUUUUUAUUGUUAUAAAUGUAGCUGAAAUGUACAUAUGUGUUGUCUGUUUGUUGUGAUGUAACCAAAAGGCCCAAACUGAGAUUUUGUCUUAUUAUGUCUUUGUGUAUUUACUGCUUCUUGCAAUUUAAAUGUAAAACCAGUGGUUGAUGGUCAACUCAGACGUGUUUACUUGUUGUUAAUGUGAUUGACUGUUAUUGUUCUGUGGCUUACAGAUUAUUUCACUGUUCUGACGUAGAGACCUGCAGCUUCAGCUAAAAGGAGAAACAGGAAACAUCCUGUUUAGUGUUUUUAUAGAAGUAAAAUUUUGUCAAGAUUCCACAUACUGGACCUAGAAACAGCAUUUAUCACUUAUUUAACCACUCGUUUUAAUGUUGAUGGAUUUUAAAAGAUUUUAUAUAUAAUACGCUGUUAUGACCAACCUUUUUUUAAACACGGGCAGUAUUAUUUAUGACUGUAUUUUUUUUAUUUUUAUUUAUAGAUACUUCAUAGAUUGUGUAUUUUUGGUGAAUAAUUAAAARAAAUUAUCAAAAACUGAAUUUUCUGGGGGGUUUUCACAAACAGAAAAUAGUUAAAGUUUGCUCUAACAACAGCUUGUCACAAAUCCAUCAUUAUUAUGUGAACCAUGCCUGGUUAAGAAAAGAGACAGAGCCAGAUGAGAACAGUUUAAUCUUUCUUUACUCCACUGUGAAGUGAAAUGUCAGUAUUUGAAAGCAGCAAGUCAACAAAAGAAGCACAAAUGUACCAGACCAAUGUUUAAAUAAAAUAAAAAAAGAUUUAGAAAAAAAAUCACUUGACAAAUGUAAAAGUUUGUUCUAUUUGAUGAGGUUAAUAUUGUUCAUUUAAACAACAUGAAAUCCAAAUACUUUGAACAUAAUUUCUUUAAAUCCAUAUGUUGAUGUCAAUAGGGAUGAUAAGCAGAGUAACUUUGUGCACACAGACCUAUCAAAUGCUUAACCCCCAAUCAUUUCGGCACUAAUGAAGCAGUUUUACCUAAAAUUCAUGUUUUUGCACUUUCUGCUGAGUUCCUACAACACAGAUAUGCCCACAGCUGUACAACGCCUUAGUCACCACAUACACACACACACACACACACACGGCCACACCAGCGCCACUGUCUCCAUCAAAACUAUGCUGCCGUAAUUUACUUUUGCUGCCGUGUCCCUUAAGGGGACAUCUAGGCAAGUUUAAAAUUAACAAACUGGCAGUAACAACCGAGCCCCCCCUCCACCACAACCCCAGCUCAAGGACGCCAAUCUGACAAGGGCACUUCUGAAGCGUUCGCGGCCGCAUUCACAGCUAUUGUCAGCCACAGAGGGAGGGGGGAGGCUGUGAAAAGAGAGUUUGUGGAGUGAUUGUAAGGGACAGUAUGGCCCUGAGCUACACACAUGCACACACACACGCACGCACACACACACACACAGAAGCUUUUAUUAAACUCAUAAAUCACAAUGAUGACAGACGCCAUCUAAGAGACUGUCUGACGGGAAGGUUAGUGAAAUCAGAGCUAUGGGGG